AUGCUACCCAGAAGCCAUAACUCGAGAAGGCUGAUGCCCUGUCUGCACAUCAUGUGCUGGGGCUACUGCCAAAUAGUUGUGCAGUCACCUGGUCUGACCCUCAUCAGAACAGCCCAGCAGAGCUUUAUCUGGUCAGAGGUACAGUCCCCUGAUGCCAGGCCAGGAGGACUUCAAUUCUGUGAUUCUGGUGGGACCAUGGGGACCCUUGUUACCAAACUGCUUCUCCCCACGAUCAGCAGCCUUGCCUUCCUUCCCACCGUCAGCAUCGCUGCCAAGAGGAGGUUCCACAUGGAAGCCAUGGUCUACCUCUUUACCAUGUUCUUCAUAGCGAUAUACCAUGCGUGUAACGGGCCAGGCUUAUCAGUGCUAUGUUUCAUGCGCUAUGACAUACUGGAGUAUUUCAGCAUCUAUGGGACAGCAUUGAGCAUGUGGGUGUCAUUAAUGGCACUGGCAGAAUUUGAUGAACCAAAAAGGUCGACCUUUGUGAUGUUUGGUGUGUUGACCAUUGCCGUGAGGAUCUACCAAGACCGGUGGGGCUAUGGGGUGUACUCGGGGCCUAUUGGCACAGCUGUCCUCAUCAUUACAGCAAAGUGGCUGCAAAAGAUGAAGGAGAAGAAGGGUCUGUACCCGGACAAGAGUGUGUACACCCAACAGAUAGGCCCUGGUUUCUGUUUUGGAGCAUUAGCCCUGAUGCUGCGUUUCUUUUUUGAGGAGUGGGACCACACCUAUGUUCACAGCUUCUACCACUGUUCAUUAGCUAUGUCCUUUGUCUUGCUGCUGCCCAAGGUGAACAAGAAAGCUGGGAAUGCUGGGACUCCUGCCAAAUUGGACUGUUCUACUCUCUGCUGUGCUUGCAUCUGACCAUUCCCUUCUGACUGUGCACUUCCCCCCACUGUCCCCAGACCUCUAGGUGACCACAUUCAGCUACAGAGAUACUCUUUUCUUCUCUCAGUCAAGCCAACAAGUAUUUAAGAUGUCAAUGUAAGCCUAGUACUGCCGUAGGCACCAUGUGGAAGAACUGUUGCUUUUCCCCUUUCCUUCCAAGGCCUUCAUCUUUAAAAAUCAUAGUAGCCAAGAAUUGGCUCUCCAGAGCCAAUCAAAGCCCUCUGCCUCUGUGAAGGACUGUACCCAAAUCAUCCUAGACAGACAAGACUUUUCCCAUCAAAGAAGAGUCUACCAACUAUCCUGUGUUGCAAUCCUUUCCCUUUUUGAAGUCAACUGCAGUCUCUCCUAUUUAGAUAUCUCUUUUCCCAUGGGUCCUGGCAAGAUAUCUAUUUCUGUACCCAUGGUCUCUGAAUGAGCCCUUUGGAGGGAAGGGGGGACAGUCAAAUAGAGAAUGCCACUGUUGGAAUACCAGGUUGGUCAAUUCCAGCAGCCACCUCCUGACCCCAAACCCUGCCCCUUGGCCCCUGUACUUUCCUCCAUCUGAGUUCCAUGAGCUCUGAGUUCCCUGCUUCUAGGAGAGAAAUUCCAGACUGAAUUGAUGUAGGAGCAAAAUGAUUUUAUUUAUUUCACUCUAACUCUGUUGGAGGCCAUAGGCUCUUUCCCAAGAUUGCAGGAGCCCAAUGCCAACUCACCAUACCUAGUGUCCAGCCUAGGGUUGACAAGUAUCCCUUUCCCAGAUCCACUGAGGUGGGUGGUUUAAUGACGAAAGUGUCUGGGCACCAAGGGCACCCUCCUGGGGUCCAACUCAUUUGGAAGCUACAGCCCUUGUUCCCUUUGCCCAUGCCCAGAUCUUUUCCCAUAGCUCUCUAAUGGAUGGGGAGUGAGUACUGAAAAGUCUCUGAGUUCUUCCAAAUAAUUCUCUCCCUUGGAAAUAACUGGGCACUGCACAGUCAGGCUCCCCCUUACCUCUAUUUAGCAAGCAUAGCUCCAAAUCUGAAUGGCUCCUUCUGCAUAACAGCAGCAUCAGCUUAGUAGCAUUCCCCCUCUUCCCAACUCCACAGUCCCAAGAUCCCAGGAUCCUACCAUAGGUAAUUUGGAAAAGCUAUCACAUCUCUCCCUGUCAUAAUCCUCCCAGGCUUGGAGACAUUUCCAAACCCUCUCCUGCCCCUAGGACUCUGUUCUACAAGAAUUUGCCUAAUCUAACCCUUUUGAAACCUUCUUUUAAAAUUUUUGAAGCCUAUUGCCUCUCCUGAGAAACUAUUUCCUCCCCCCAGGACAGCCUGUGUUCUGGUCUUCAGCUCAUCUCUCUUAAGGCAGUAGGACUAGGAACUAAUGAUUGUCAAUGUCCUCCCUCUCCCAGCCCUUCCCAAGUUUAUAGACAGCUACCACCUCUGCAUUCAGUCUCCAUCUUUCCAGCCCUAGAAGGCUUCGACUUAGCUCAGACUCGUUUCACACCUCAUCUCCACUCCCUUGUCCUUUUCAUUGACCAUCCCAAACCCUUCUUAUAUUCCUGGGUCCUAUCCUUUACAAGGUAAGGAGGAGCCUAUUAAGAGCUCCAUAUAUAUGUUUGGCUUACACACACACACACACACACAUCUACCUUGAUCACUCUCUCUCCAACCUUUACCCAACAGCCCCAUCCCAGAUGUAUGGCAGAAGACAUUACAGAGGACUUAUGGGCCAUCUGGGUUUAUCUCUCACAGCCUCCAGGUUAAGGAAAAAUAAAGACAAUUACCUAGCAAAUAAAAAUGCUGGUAGAGGGGGAAAAAAUGCAAA